GAGCACUUCACUGGACAAUUUGCAAAGUGGUCAGGAGCACUUCGCUGGACAAUUUGCGACGUGGUCACGCACCUGGAUGCUUCUGCAAUGGUGGCGUUCGCUGGUUGAGUCGGGAAGGGCAUGCCCGUUGUCUUUCGAUAUUGAAGCUCCGAUAUGGCGAGCAGUACGGCGCAAGCAACAUGACUUGGGCUUGGUGGAGAGCCAAUAUUAAGCAUCAAACUUCGAAAAUCGAUGUGACCUGCAAGAAAUGUGGCCAUCGCUCAAGGAGCACUUCGCUGGUCAAUUUGCAAAAGGGUCGAGCACCUGGAUGUUUCUGCAGCAGGAAGACAGAAGCGAAGCUGAGACGUUGGCUGUGCGCGAAAUACCCGGACUGGACGAUUACGUCGCAGGUGAAGGGGUGUACGAAUCCAGACACUCAGCGGCCCCUACCGUUUGACUUUGGCUUAUACCACGACACCAUCUUGAUCGAGCUGGAUGGCGAGAUUGGACACUUUGGCCGUGGGUGGGGAGGGGUGGCGGACGAUGGUGGAGUGCCGCAGAGAGACUUUUACAAGGAGUACUGGGCGAUUCAACAAGGCAAAGUCGUAGUGCGGUUGUUGCAGACAGAUGUGUAUCAUGAUUGCUGGUCCUGGGAGGAUGCCAUACAGUACAAGGGUGGAAUCUAUCGCCAGCUGCGCGCAGAUUUGGAUUGCAAGAGAG